CUCCAUCAUGUUUACUCUAGCACAGAUUUUGCACUAUAUAUACCUGACUGCUUUAGUGUUUCCUUCACUCACUGCCCUACAGCUCAAGCUAGUUAGUUUACCUCUUUGGCAGAAUGUUUCCUGUCUCUUGGCACCCCUACCUCCCUGUUCUCUUCUUCCUCUGUCUUGCCGACCACCUCCACACCUCUGGUGUUAUCGCUGGUACAAAUGAGCUGGUCUAUAAUGGCUUUUCAGCUGAUCUGAAGCUUGACGGCAAAGCUUUGUGGAUAGAUGACCUGUUGAGUCUAACCAAUGGCCCAGGUGGUACAAGCGGCCAUGCUUUCUGCAGAUAUCCCCUAAGCUUUCAAGAUAAUCCCGGUGGCGCUAUCUCCUCCUUCUCAACUACGUUUGUGUUCGUCAUGGGCUUCAAGCAGUAUAAAGGUAAUGGGAUGGCCUUCAUACUUUCAUCCACCAGUGACUUACCAGAUGAUUCGCCAGGCGAGUACCUUGGCCUCCCGCAUUCUAACUUAGAUGGCCAUGCUUUCUUCGCCAUCGAGUUCGACACCGUCUUGAAUCCUGAGAUCGGGGACAUCGAUGACAACCAUGUUGGGAUUGAUGUCAACAGCUUGGCCUCAGUUGAAUCCCAAACUGCUGGCUUCUAUAACUUCUACGGUGAGUUCCAAACUGUUGUACUCAGAAGCGGUGAACGAAUUCAGGCGUGGGUGGACUAUGAUAGCAAAUUGUACCAGCUGAAUGUUACCUUAGCACCUUGUCCUUCCUUUAAACCCCAACUUCCGUUGUUGUCGACCACUGUCAAUCUGUCCUCUUUGUUAUCAUUAGGUCCAGUUUAUGCUGGGUUCUCUGCAUCCAGCAGAAAAGUCUCCUCCAGCCAUUAUGUACUUGGCUGGAGUCUGAAAGUAGAUGGGGUGGCUCAGCCACUUCACAACUCUGUAUCGUCUUUUGACACUGCAUAUGAACUUCAAAAUCUAUCCAACUUCGAAUUUCCCAGAAAAAUGAACAUUUUAGGAGUGCCGUUGAUUGUGCAGGCAGUCAUCCUAAUAGUUCUUGCUGUUCUGAUCUGUCGGCAGUUGAGAAAGGCAAAGGAAGAUGAUGAGUGGGAGAUUAAGUGUGGGAUGCCAUCUUUCACAUACAAGGAUCUAGUGACUGCCACUGAAGGCUUCAGCAAUAAGAUGCUCCUUGGGAAAGGAGGCUUUGGAAGAGUGUACAAAGGGGUGCUCCCUACCACCACACAGCAUGUGGCCAUCAAGCGGGUAUCGCCAGAAUCGAAGCAGGGGAAGAAGGAGUUCAUGGCGGAGAUCGCCAUCCUUGGCCAUGUCCGGCACCGAAACCUGGUCCAACUGCUAGGCUAUUGCAGGUACAAGCAGGAGCUGCUCUUGGUCUAUGAUUACAUGGCCAAUGGCAGCCUUGAUAGGUACUUGUAUGACAAGACUACGCCGACCCUGGAUUGGGCUCAGAGGCUUCGCAUCAUCAAAGGCGUAGCUUCCGGCCUCUACUACCUGCACGAGGAUUGGGAGCAAGUCAUCAUCCAUCGGGACAUCAAGGCGAGCAACGUUCUCCUCGACGACGACAUGAAUGGGAGGCUUGGUGACUUUGGCCUCGCAAGGCUGCAUGACCAUGGAGUCGAUGCCCACACCACACUUGUAGCAGGCACCUGGGGAUACAUUGCCCCUGAGCUGGCCCGGCUUGGCAAGGCGACCAAGGCGACUGACGUGUUUGCAUUCGGAGUGUUUACCAUAGAGGUGGUCUGCGGGAGAAAACCAAUCGGCCCGGCCAACACCAGUGGCGGCCUUCUUGCGCUGGCGGAUUGGGUACGUGGCACAUGGCAGGGUGGCUCGAUCGUCGAUGCUGUGGACCCUGAGCUGAAAGAUUACGACAGGGCCGAGGUUGAGCUUGUGCUGAAGCUUGGAUUGCUGUGCUCCCAUUCGCUGCCCAGGUCGCGGCCAUGUAUGCGUCUAGUCAUGCUGUACUUGGAAGGAGGUGCAAGACUUCCAAACUUCCACCCAGCUUCUCUGGUCGCUGAUGGACAUGAGGAUGAAGAGACUGAUCAUAAGGCGUUAUCUACAUCUGCAGCUACGACUGUGACCAUUCUUUCUGGAAGGUGAAAUUUCUGCUGGGGUGGUCAUACCAUCAUACAAGCUUAUCACCAAUGUUUAUUUGGGUCUCUGCAAUUUCUCACCAAUGUUUAUUUGGAUCUCUGCAAUUUCUCGUGUUGUAGUCCGUGAUGUGUGCACAAGUUUGCCAAAUUUAACAUUUUGUUGGGGAAAACCAGAAUUA